GAAAAAAAAAUAAACGGAAAGAAGCGGGAUUAGGGUUUUGCAGAGACGAAGUCUCUAGAGUGAAAGAAAGAGUUAUUAGAUAAAUUUCUCUCUCUCUAUAUAUAUAUAAAUAAAAACUGUAUCAGUAAAAUAAAUCAAAGGAAAAGACAGAAGUGAGAGAGAGAUAAAACAGGAAUAUGGCGAAGAGGCAACGAUGUUAUUUGGACAUAAGCAUAGGUGACGAGCUUGAAGGAAGGAUAAUAGUGGAACUGUUCAACGAUGUAGUGCCCAAAACAGCAGAGAAUUUCAGGGCUCUUUGCACUGGUGAAAAGGGCAUUGGUCCUAACACCGGUGUGCCUCUUCACUACAAGGGAGUUCGUUUCCAUCGAGUCAUCAAAGGAUUUAUGGUACAAGGUGGGGAUAUAUCUGGUGGUGAUGGUACCGGAGGAGAGUCGAUUUAUGGUUUGAAAUUCGAAAAUGAAAAUUUUGAAUUGAAACAUGAAAGGAAAGGAAUGUUAUCUAUGGCAAACUCUGGUCCAAACACAAACGGGUCUCAGUUCUUCAUCACUACUGCUCGCACUUCUCAUUUAGACGGUAAACAUGUUGUAUUUGGUAAGGUGGUCAAAGGAAUGGGAGUCGUUCGUUCGAUUGAGCAUGUAACCACCGGUGAAGCUGAUUGCCCCACUGUCCAUGUUACAAUCACUGAUUGUGGAGAAAUUCUGGAGGGGUCAGAUGAUGGGAUAUCCAAUUUUUUCAAUGAUGGUGAUUCUUAUGCUGAUUGGCCAGCUGACCUUGAUGAGAGUCCUAAUGAGCUCUCUUGGUGGAUGACUUCUGUAGAUUCUAUUAAGGCUUUCGGAAAUGAACAUUAUAAGAAACAAGACUAUAAGAUGGCUCUCAGAAAGUACUGGAAGGCUCUACGCUAUUUAGAUAUCUGCUGGGAGAAAGAAGGGAUUGAUGAAGAGAAGAGUUCAAGUUUGAGUAAGACAAAAUCCCAGAUAUUCACAAAUAGUUCUGCCUGCAAACUAAAACUAGGGGAUCUGAAAGGAGCACUAUUGGACACCGAAUUUGCAAUGCGUGAUGGAGAAAACAAUGUGAAAGCACUGUUCCGGCAAGGUCAGGCACACAUGGCACUUAAUGAUGUUGAAGCGGCAGCUGAAAGCUUCAAGAAAGCUUUGCAAUUGGAGCCAAAUGACGGUGGGAUAAAGAAAGAGCUUGCUGCUGCUAUGAAAAAGAUCAAUGAUCGACACAAUGAGGAGAGAAGGCGAUACCGUAAGAUGUUCCAACCAAGCCCAACUGGUGCAGAUGAGCAAUAAUGUUUUGGGAGCUUCAAUGAUCUUACGUUUUGGAUAAAACACUAGGGUUCGGUUCGGGUAUUCAGCUUCUGCUUUCUGGUGCAACUGUUCGACAAAACUGAUCAGAAGUAAAUACAUAUAGUGUCGGUUCGUUUAGGAAACAAUGAAAUCCUUGAAAAGAGAGCUUGUCAUAUUGGUUUUAUCAGGUUUCAGUGGAAGGAGAGGGAAACAUU